AUGGCUUGGAGAUUCAAGGCUUCUAAGUAUAAAAAUGCAGUUCCAGUUGUUCCAAAACCGGAAAGUUGUGUCAGGGAUCUCACGAUUGGUUCUUAUCAAACCUAUGGUCACAAUAUCGCAGCAAGCGCAGCAUUUAUGGCAUUGAAUGUUGGACAAAAUGGUAGUAAUUUGGCAGUACUGCAGAUAGAUGAUUGCGGAAGGAAAGGAAAAGAUAUGGCACUACUUCAUGCUCAUUCUGAUACCGUCACCGAUAUGAACUUUAGUCCAUUUCAUGACGGUUUGCUCGCUACAGGCUCUCAAGAUUGCUUAGUCAAGGUAUGGCAUAUACCAGCUAAUGGUUUGAAAGUUAGUAUGACCGAUCCGGAAUGCGUACUAUAUUCUAAAACUCAAAGACGAGUAGAAACGGUUUUAUUUCAUCCGACUGCUGAUUGCCUUUUGUCCACCAGUUCAUUUACAGUUUUAAAUUUAUGGGACAUUACAUCUCAACAAACUGUUUAUAGUAAUGCUGAUGACCAUUCUGAAGUAAUCCAAUGUGUUAAUUGGAAAAGUACAGGAGACCUUGUAGCGACAACUUGCAAAGACAAACAACUUAGAGUAUUAGAUUGUAGACAAAAUAAAGCUGUGAUUCAUGAAUUAUCUAGUCAUCAGGGAAUUAAAGAUUCUAGGGUUGUGUGGCUUAAUGAUGGUAAUCGUUUGUUGACAACCGGUUUUAACGCGGCUCGCCAGAGAGAAGUUUGUAUAAGAGAUAUCCGUAAACCGAACGAAAUAGAAAAAAGUUUGGAGUUGGACUGUUCGACCGGCAUUCUCCUUCCGUUGUACGACCCGGAUACAAGUAUGCUUUUUUUGGCCGGAAAAGGAGAUACGUCCAUAAUUUACAUGGAAGUGACCAAUCGCGAUCCAUAUUUGAUCGAAGGUUUGAAACACAACGGUGAACAAACGAAAGGAGCAUGCCUCGUUCCCAAGAGAGCUUUAAACGUCAUGCAGGGAGAAGUGAACAGAGUUUUGCAAUUGACGAGUUCGAUGGUCAUACCUAUAAUGUAUCAAGUUCCCAGAAAGACGUACAGAGAUUUUCACGCGGAUUUAUAUCCCGAUACCGCUGGCUGUGUUAGUGAUCUCACCGUGACCGAAUGGCUCAAUGGUAAAAAUUCGGUCGUUCCAAAAAUAAGUUUGGAUCCUUCUAAAAAGGAAAAUGAGAAUAAGGUCUUGCAUAGGGGAUCUUUGCAAGAGCUUUGUGCGGAAAUCGGAAAAAAAAAACAAAUUAAAAAUGAUAUGAUUGUCGUAAGUGAGAGUGAAAAAACGGAUACAACGUGUAGAGAUUUGGGAAAAAGCGUCAUGAGCGAAACCCAAGAUUUAUGCGGGAAAAAAAAUUCGAAUAGCGUUUCCAAAUCUUUUGGCAAUGGUACGUUCGAAACGGAGGCGAACGGAGAACCGGAUCACGAUUCGAACGACGGCGAAGAGGGGAAAAAGGAAAAAUCCAAAGAAUUUGACGAUUCGACCACGAUGGAAAUCCUUCCACCGAAACCCAUGCCGAGAAGUUCUAGAUCUAAUUCGAUAGACGUCUAUUCGUUCGAAGAUCGUCCCAUAGCCAAACCGAGAACUCAUAAAAACUCGCUCGAAUCGUCGCAAAGCGUCAUUUUGGAAACGCCAUAUAAAAAAUUAGAAUCCGAAGAUGAUUUAAAUAUAUUAAUAGAAAGAGCUCAAACGUGCGUUAUACAAAGCGUCAAUCCGCUUAUGCCCAUAUCCGGUGGUUAUAAGGUGCAGCAGGAGCCUCGCUUGGGACCAAAACCAUUCACGCCGCCUAAAUUACACACGAUGACGAGCACUGAAAAAAUGCCACCGUCAGAACCGAAUUUUCAAAAUAAAGAAUCCUCCACUCCGUCAUCGUUUAUUACGAAAAACAAAGAAAUAAAUUUUAAAAAGGAUUCAUCGGGAACGGACGUUCCGAAAAAAGAUUUGGUCGAAAACGAUGAUGCCGGCAAUAACGAAGAUGAAAAUUUUACGCCGAGAACUCCGAGCAUGGCGGAAAGGAGAAAAUUAUUCGAAACGGGAAGGAAUAAUCAUUUGGAGGAGAAAGAAAUGCUCGACGGGUGUUUGAAAGAUGAGGGAAAUUCAUUCGAAAGAGGUUCGGGACAAAGGAAUUCCAUCGCAGAGCGAAGAAGGAUUUACGAAAAUCGAACCAUUUCAACUCAGGAUCAACCUGUUGCUCAGGAUCGAAUACCUCAAUCGCCUCUUCACCGCAGAAAUUCUUUAAAGGCGAAAAAUGAAGAACCCAAAGAGGAACAACAACAACAACAAGUAAAUCGGAGAAUGACAGUUGGCGGACCAAUCAAAUCAUCGGAAAUAAUUAGUGAUAAAAAAAAUUCUGGAAUUUCCACGCCCACGCCGAAACGUACCUCGACCGUUUUCGGUCGCGUUUCUAAAUUUAGACACUUGAAAGGGACUCCAAUGCACAAAUCGACAUUCAUUGAAAAUAUAAGAAACGUGAGCCGGCAAAUAUCCGGAGAAUGCGAUGGUUUUCACGCCAAUUGCGAAAGAGUCGCCGUACCUCAAAGCGGUCCCGGUGGAAAAAUAGCAGUUUUCGAGUUAUCGAAAACGGGUCGACUUCCGGAUAUAGUCACUCCGACUCUCGUACACGGAACGACGGUCAUGGAUUUUUGUUGGGAUAAUUUCAAUAACAGGAAAUUGGCCGCGGCUGGAGAUGAUGGUUUGGUUCGAUUUUGGAUAAUACCGGAAGGUGGUUUAAACGAAUCUACAAACGAACCGAAUCAAAUAUUAGAAUCGCAUUCGGAUAAAAUUUACUGCAUAAAAUUUCAUCCCCUCGCGAAAGACGUGCUGGCCACAGCUUCAUACGAUUUGACAAUAAAAAUUUGGAAUUUGGAUUCAAUGGAGGAGAAAAUUUGUUUGAUUGGACACACGGAUCAGAUAUUUUGUUUAUCCUGGUCGCCGUGUGGAAAAUAUUUAGCGAGCGCAUGCAAAGACGGUUUGAUACGAAUAUACGAACCGCGUUCGAAAUCGGAACCCAUAAGAGAAGGAAAAGGUCCCGUGGGAACGAGGGGAGCUCGUUUGGUUUGGGCUUUGGAUGGAGCUUUUAUCGUCGUCAUGGGAUUCGAUAAGGUUUCAGAACGUCAGAUAAUGGUUUUUAAAUCAUCGGAUUUGAGUAAUCCUUUAACAACUGUCGGUAUCGAUGUUUCCCCAGCGAUUUUAAUGCCUUUUUACGAUGAAGAUAGUUCGACGCUUUUCCUAACGGGACGCGGUGACUCCACGAUAUACACGUUCGAAGUGACAGAAGAGCAACCGUACGUUUGCCCAUUGUCUCACCAUCGUUGUGCCAGCCUUCAUCAGGGUCUUAGUUUUCUUAAUAAAAAAAUAUGCGACGUGGCAUCCGUGGAAUUUGCACGUGCUCUACGUCUCAGCAACAAUACCAUUGAGCCUUUGAGUUUUACAGUACCGAGAAUUAAAAGCGAAUUAUUUCAAGACGAUUUAUUUCCGCCGACGAAAAUCACAUGGGAACCCACGAUGACGAGUUACGAAUGGUUCGAUGGAGGAAACAAACAAGCGAAAAGGAUAAGUCUCAAACCUCCGAACAUGGAAUCACUUUCUUCCAUGUCGUCCGGUGAUAAGAGCGUGGGAAAAAAUACGUCACAAAUAAAUUAUUCUUCUUCUCCUCAGUCUGUCUAUAAUAAAUUUCAUCCGGAGUUUCAGGAACACAUAAAAAGCAAACAAGAUCAGAUACAGAAAGCCGUGAGCAACAGAAUGGAAAUUAAUUUAUCUUUGGAACAAGAUAACAUGGAAGGCGUCGACGAAAACGAAUGGAACGAAUGA